AUGAGGGGUCGUGAUGAAACGAGACAUCGCAACACGCACGAGCGACCUCACUCAUGCCAAUCUGAAACCAUUGUCGGGGGGGUCCGGUAUACCUGUGACAAGUCGACCGGAUCUACGAAGGAGUUGAACGAGCACUACUACGUCUUCCACAAGGAAUGGGCAAAGGCAAAUGGAAUACCCGACCCCAGACGCCGCUGCAUGGUCUGCUCGACAAUAUUGCCAAAGGCGGGUUCAAUUAAGAAGCACCUCAAAACCAGUCCCGAUUGCAAUAAAGGGCUUGCAGGGCUGCGAACCGACAGCCAGACGCUCCCCUACAGUGGCAGCGAGGGGGACAAUGAUGAGGGUAGCUAUCAGGGCUGA